AUGAGCGGAAACACCAACGGAACGAAUGGCCACCAGAACGGCGGUGGUCAGCACGCCCCCACUGGAGAGAAGACUGGCGACCAGUUCCGCAGCUAUGCUGAUGACCGCAAUGCAUCUUCCGAGGAGGUCAUCUACACUACCGCGAAUGGUGUUCCAUACCCUCAUCCAUACGAGUCCCAGAGAGUGGGCGAAAACGGCCCACUGUUGCUUCAAGAUCACCACCUUAUUGAUCUCCUUUCACAUUUCGACCGUGAACGUAUCCCAGAGCGUGUAGUGCAUGCAAAUGGACACGGUGCACACGGGACGUAUAAGACUACAGAAUCGUUGGAGGACCUUUGCAUGGCAGAUAUCUUCAAGGCCGGAAAGAGUUGCCCUAUCUCCGUCAGGUUUUCGACGGUUGGUGGUGAAACUGGCUCGCACGACAUGGCUCGCGAUCCCAGGGGCUUCUCAGUCAAGUUCCGCACUGAAGAAGGCAACUGGGAUGUUGUGGCAAACAACACCCCCACUUUCUUUAUGCGAGACCCGGCGAAAUUUCCUCAUUUCAUUAAGCGACACCCAGCAACCCAUCUUACACACGCGGAUGAUGCCACAAACUUCUGGGACUUUGCGUCGCAGAACCCAGAGAGUGCCCAUCAGUUCAUGAUCCUUUUCGGAGACAGGGGAAUCCCGAAGAGCAGCCGAUUCAUGCACGGAUACUGGGGUCACACCCAUAAACUUCAGAACAAGAAUGGAGACUGGGUAUACGCUCAGCUCCACUUCAAGAGCAAGCAGGGUACCGACUUUGUCACCCAAGAGGACUCUUUCAACUACGGCCCGGACUACGCGACAAAGGACCUCUACGAGGCCAUUGAGAAGGGUGACUUCCCGGGAUGGGAUGUCAUGUUCCAGACCAUGACCGCAAAGGAGGCCGAGGAAGUCUGGGAGAAGCAGAAGCUUAACGUAUUCGACAUGACACACGUCUGGCCUCAAUCUCAGUUCCCACUCCGUAAGGUCGGAGAGUUUUUCUUGAACGAGAACCCACAAAACUACUUCGCCGAGGUUGAGCAAAUUGCCUUCAACCCAGCGCAUCUGGUUCCAGGUAUCGAGCCAAGUGCAGAUCCCCUCCUACAGUCUCGUUUGUUUUCGUACCCUGAUACCCAUCGCCACCGUAUUGGCGCCAACUACCAACAAUUGCCAAUCAAUGCCCCCAGAACUGCCUACCGCAUGGGCAACUUCCAGCGGGACGGCAACAUGGCGUUCUACAACCAGGGCUCGCGUCCCAACUAUCUCUCUUCAAUUCAGCCCAUCUCCUUCAAGGAGAGAACCGUCGAUCUCGACAAGCUUCACGGAGACUUCACAGGAGAAGCGAUUACUUUCUUGUCAAGCAUCCACCCCGAGGACUUUAACGCACCCCGCGCGUUAUGGGAGAAGGUCUUCGAUGAGCCGGCCCGUGAACGAUGGAUCAAGAACAUCUCUGGCCACAUGUCGACUGUUACAGACAAGGAAAUCAUCAAACGCCAGAUCGCCAUCUACCGAGAGGUAUCUGAAGAUAUUGCUUCCCGUAUGGAGAAGGCUACUGGCGUCAAGGGCUACCCGGGCAUCGCUGAGCUACGCUUCAACGGCACACACAACGGCAUGGCCAAGUCUGAUGACAACAAGGUCGCUAAUGGUAUGACUGGCAUAUCUGCAAAGUACGCUGCGAAGAACAAAACCAAUGGUGCACCUGUUGCGGGUACACACAAGGAGAUCAUUGAGGGAAAAGCUUAG